AUGGACGACCCAGACGAGCGGCGCGCGACGGAGGAGAAGGGAGAAGAAGCGCCUGCACGGGGGAUACGCACCGACCACCACAACGGAAAGGAAGCAGAACAGGAACCUGCACAACAGACAGAGUUCAAGGGUGACGAGAAGGCGACACCCGAAGAAGGGGGGUCGUGCCAGCCUCGGUCGCCCCGUAGUAAGGCAAAGCGAGACGCUCCGCGUGCGUCGGCGCCGACUGCUGUGUCUUCGACACUUCCUGAGACUGGAAAAGCCCAGCACAAACUCGGGCCGAGCGUUGUGUGGGACAAAGACGUGGAAGACGCCUUGGUCGCCGCGUGCCUCAGGGUGUUGAACUACAGCACUCGAAAAGAUCUGGAAAGACGCACACGAUCGGGGACGGGAACGGAGGAGAAGGGACGUAUCGACUGCUGUGCGGACGCCUGCUCCAAGGGCUGUGAUUCUUCCAGCGGCGCGCAGGCGCCUGCCAAUUCGCCUUCUUCGUCGAAGACGCAUGCAUGCCAAGAGGCUCACGGUGACGGUUGCAGCGACUCUUCCCACUCCCACAAAACCCACACAGUUCCAGCGGCCCCAGAAAACUCGUCUACCGCUUCUGCGUCUUCUCCCUCGAUGUGUGGCGGCUUCCCUGCGCCACCAAUCUACCGGUUUCAGAAAGAUGCAGAAGACAGCCUCGGGGCGAUGCUCGACGAAUGGACGAAGCCUGCGAAGCUGCGAGAAAUUGCAGGAUCUGUGGCAGAGCGCGCCGCGACGGUCUACGACAAUGUGAAGGCGAGGGGCGAAGCAGAGGGGUUUUCAUUGUCGGGAGAAGAGGAAAAGCAACUCCGGCAGGACGUGCUGAAGGAGGCCCUCGUCCGAGAGAUUCACGCUUGCAUUUGUACAGAGCCCGUCAUCGUCCUGCAGCUCCGCCACUACCAGUUCGCGUUCGAGGCUGUCUCACCUUUUCUGUUUUUGUUCUUUUUCGCGGACUAUCUCCCCCCAACUGCUACUCCCACUUCGUCGCUCUCCGUGGCCCUCAGAGUGCCCUCUGUCUACGUGUUUCCUUUUCCUCUCCCACUUCAGGGCUAUCGAGAAGGCCCGCUGAGCUACCUGACGAACGAGACGGUGCGGAACCUCAUGAAAGAAGGCUUUGCCGUCCAGCACGGCUUCCUGGGUGAAAAGAUGCGUCAGAAGAUCUGGAAGGAGGCCGAGCUCCUGGAGUACGACGGCCGCUUUAACGAAGUGGGUCUCUGGCAGCUCUUCAAAGCCAUGCAAGCGCUGCCGUUCGAGCUGAACAAAAAGGCCACAUUGUGCCUGCAAGAGAAAGACGGCGGGUUUCUGCGUCUGUAUCCGCGCCGGCGCAAGGACGUCCAGCUGCGGGAAGGCUCGGCGGCGGGGCCUCCGGACGCGGAGCCUCUAACCGACAUCAGCCCCGUCGGCGACACUCUUGUGCUUUUCAGGAGUCGCGACAUGCCACAUCAAGUGCUUCCUUGCCAUCGCAAACGGUUCGCAAUCACUCUGUGGAUGACGGGGCCCGCUGGCCCGGGCGACGACAUUUGA